AUGUGUAAAUAUUUGCGUGCUAUAACGAGCAUGGAGGAAUUGUUCUUUGUGUGUGCGGCUAUUAUUGAGGAGCAGGAGGAAUCACGCGCAGGAUGUUUCAGAUACAAGAGAGGAUUUUACAUGAAAUUUGGGAUCGGCGCAAUCGAUUGUGCUCAUAUUGGAAUUGUUUCACCCCCGAGCACAGACCCCUCCACUCCACUCUCACUUUUUAUGAAUCGGAAAGGAUUUUACAGCCUUAAUGUAGAAGCAGUUUGUGAUCAUCGACUACUGUUCACCGCUGUCAACGCGAGAUAUCCCGGGUCUUGUCAUGAUUCUGGUAUUUGGACUACAUCCCCAACACGUCUGCACCUCAUAAGUACCUAUAACAUACAAAGUGAUUCGUGGUUGUUAGGUGACCAAGGAUAUGCAUUGGAGCCAUGGCUGUUAACGCCAGUCGCUGAACCUGUAAAUGCAAGGGAAGUGCGUUACAAUAAGUUACACGCCAAAGCACGCAAUACCAUUGAGAGAGCCUUUGGUGUAUUGAAGUCACGAUUCCGAUGCCUCUCAAAACACCCCAUUCUUCAUUAUAGCCCUGAAAAAGCGGCUAUGAUUAUUUACGCAUGUACCAUUCUUCACAACAUUUUACUGAAGCAUGGCGUGGUUGCUGACCUUGGUUUCGAAGAAGUUUUAGAAGAAUCACAAGACAUUGACGAAAUUGUUAUCGAAAACCCCAAUUUUAGGGAGGGUGCUAGAGUUAGAGAACGAUAUAUCAUGUCUUUAUAA